AUGUCUCCUGACUCCGAGCUCCCCACCCCCGCACAAUCGGGCAUCACCACUGCCAGCACCGCAACUGACGGGCAAGCCAGCCUCUACUCAACAUCCAGCCCGCCAGAGACCAGCGCCCAGAUAGCAGGACACCUCCUGCAGCAAUGCCGCAAUCUCCUCGCCGAGGUGGAUGCGCUACAGGGUCUGCUGGCGCAGCGGCUGCGGAAUCCACAGCUAGUGGAGGUGCGACAGUUCCGGUCGAACGUCACCGCGGAGCUACGGAUGCUCGAGAAGCUGGAGCAGCAGGUGCGGGAUGCAAGCGGAGACAAUGGCAGCCGGGACAGUGAUGGUGGUGGUGGUGGUGGUGAUGAUGCAAGCGAACAAGCACAGCAGACCCCCGAAGUCGAGAUGCGACUGCUUCAUGCACUGCGGUCAUCAAAUCUGCCAUUCUACCAAGCCGUGUGGAAGAUUGCGCGCGGGUCGUGCACGGGACUGAUUGCGCUGGGGAAGCGGUUCUAUUGGGACGGGGAGACGAAGCGGAGUGAGCGGGCUGCGGUUGAGGGCCGGGGGAAGAAGCAGCCUAACAAAGAUAAGCGCAAGAGCGUGUUUGUGGAUAUCAUUGCGGAUGAUGGGGAGGAGUGGGUGAAGGUGUCGACGAUCUCGGAGAGUCGGCUGUUGUUCGAGAUGGCCAAGAAGGGGUGGGAGCGCGAGAGUGACGAGGAUGAGGGGACGGGAUCAGAAGGCGAAGGCGGGCGGACAAUACUUCAGAAUUUCGAUGGGGAUGGGGAGGACUCGGAUGAAGAUGAUGAGUUGGAGCUCAUCAAGCUUGCGCGCGACCUCAAGAGGGCGGCGGAUGCUACGCGGGUGAGGUAUAGACAUCCUCGACUACGAGUGGUGAUACCCAAGAUUGAGGAAGGGAACGUCCCUGAAAUUGAUGAUAUCCUGCGUGAGAUGCGGAGCUAUGGCAUCAAGAUCGAGUGCCAGGAGAGUCUGUCCGGCGAUCCCACCACGGCCAACCUGGCUCGUCUACUCCCCCAGCCCUUCAAGAGAUUCACACCGACUCUCAAUGUCGACUGCACCCUUCUCCUGGCCAUAGUGUCUGAUCUCUCUCACGUCAAGGACAUGCCACCACUGCCUAACUUCCAUAAAGCCAUCCUGCGGCAGAUAGAGGUCGAGAAACAGCAGCCCUUGUUGUCCACUGAACUCUGGCCCGCCAUGGGAGAACACAACCUCAUCUGCACCAAAGAGGCGGCCACCCGCAUGUGCGACAUUGUCGAAACCAUCGGGACCGCCACAGAGAAGACUCGGACUCAAAUCAUGAUGGGCGAUGCGCCUUACGACCACUGCGACCACAACACUCUCAUUCAAAAGUUUCAAGAACUGUCCGAGCAUCCCGUGCCAACAGGCUGGAAAAUUCCGAUCAGAGUGGUCGAGGCGCAAUCGGUGAUUGAUGCAGCAAAAGCACAGGAUAAACUCCCGUCCGUGGCGGAUGAGAUUGCGAAGGGUCUGUCGGAUAUCAACCACAGUGUGUUUAUGUACGGGUGGGUCACCGGUCUAAUGACUGUCUCCAGCAAUCGUACGAUCGACAGGCAGAUCGAGGCCACGAUUGAGAAGAACCGGCAGGGCAAUAAUGACCUCGAAGGUCCCUUGGUGUGGAUCUGUGAUACAGCACGGAGUUUGGCGGGAAAAGACAAAGACCGAAGAUAA